UAGCUAGGCACACAAGCUCAACCAGUCAAUGGCGCACAUAACAACCAUCUUAGGGGUGGUGAUGGCGGCCGCAGCGGCGACGAUGCUGGUGUCGCCGCUCCUUGCUGAGCCGAAAUUUCUCCGGCUGAGGCACAAGGGAUGCCCAACUGCGACAUCACCUGCGGCAGCAUGAGCGUGCCAUACCCAUUCGGCAUGGGCCCAGCCAGGUGCUAUUGGCCGGGCUUCAACCUCACGUGCGACCGCAGAAGCAACCCGCCGCGGUUGCUGCUCGGCGACGGCACCCUCCAAGUCCAAGAACUCUCCAUGAGUAACUGGUCGACAUUUGUGACCGUCAUACGUACGGGUGACAUAAAAGUCGACGGCAAUGGUGAAGGCAAGCUCGGCGGUGGUCUUACGGCCGAUGGGCCCUUCACGAUUUCAUCCAACCAGCUCAUCCUGGUUGGUUGCAACAUCCAGGCGACGCUCAAGAACGGCGACGUGACCGUGAGCAGCUGUUCUUCUGUGUGUGAAAACGGCGAUGGACUCUCGGAGGCGCUAUCCAUACUCGAAGCGGGCAACCAAUGUACCGGCAAUGGCUGCUGCCAGUCGGACAUUGUCUUCAACCCUGCAGAGGUAGCAGGAAGGCUUUUCAACAGUACGUCCUAUGACGUGCAGCUCAAAUGGUUCGGCUGGAACCGCAGCACGGACCAGCAAUGGCCCGCACACGUCUUUAUCGCGAGGUCCAGAUGGUUCAGCGGUACAUCAGUCUUCCGCAAGCUGUUACGAACAGACGCCCCCGUGUCAGCGGAUGCAAUGCAAGUUCCCUUUCGGCUGGACUGGGAGGUUGUUGGCCAUGGCGCAGAAGGCUCCAACAUAUGCAAAAGCAAGCACAGCGACUACCUAAAGGGCAAGAAAGGCUACACAUGCUCCUGCAAUCACGGCUACGAAGGGAAUCCCUACAUCACCGACGGAUGCAAAGAUAUCGACGAGUGCAACAAUGAAGGGUCUGCUAAGUGCUAUGGUCAUUGCACCAAUUUGGAUGGAUCAUAUUAUUGCCGGUGUCCCCCCGGAACCGAUGGCGAUGCUACCCUCCAAGGUGGCUGCCGCACUCCCAUCACAAGUGACUGCAUUACGUCCUGCGGCGACAUUGAUGUACCGUACCCCUUUGGCAUUGGAUCUGCCAAUUGUUACUGGCCAGGGUUCAACCUCACCUGUGAUACUUUCCUACAACCAGCAAAGCUACUCAUCGUCCUACGUGACCUCGUCCUCGACAAGGACGUCAUGUUCCACGUCACCGAGAUAUCCCUCCAGACCAACACGGUGCACAUCCUUCAUAGCAAUGCCAUCAACCAUAUCAACCCUAGCGACUCAAAAAGUAUUUUAAUGUUUGGCAACUACUCGGAGGCGCCCUACUCGUUAUCGACCAGCAACUUGUUGAUCCUAUCUGGUUGCAACCUUCAGGCGACGCUGCUGAUCGGAAAUGGUACCGAGGAUUUCAUCAGCGGUUGUGCUUCCUUCUGCCCCUCCAAUGUAAAUGACACCUACCUCGAGAUGACACUACAGGGUACAGGCAGAAACUGCUAUGGCAUGGGCUGCUGCCAGGCACAUAUUUCCAUGUCCUCCAACGGCUUCCCCACGUCGUUGGCGUAUCAAAAGCUCAACAAGAACAGUGACCAGGAAUUGACAACCCAGCCUGCGUACAUGCUAAUCGCAGAGGAGGGGUGGUUUGAUCAGGGACGUUUAUCCAAGGAGAUGGUGGGGCGGGAGGAAUCCGAAACUUCCAAGGUGCAGGUUCCUCAAGUUCUGCAGUGGGAGGUAAUACAGGACUUACCACGACCAGUUGACAUGAAGGCGCAUCCGGGCUGUCCAUCGGAGGUAGCCCUCAAGCUCUGCAAGAGCAAGAAUAGCUACUGCAAACGAGGGAGCAGAGGUUAUUUAUGCCAUUGCAUGGAUGGCUAUGACAAGCGCGGCAGCAACCCCUACCUCGCCAAUGGAUGCAAAGGUGGCCGCAAGCCAUUGUCUACAGGUAUAUACCUCAGCAUAGGAGUUGCUUUUGGGGCAGGCAUCAUACUAUCUGUUCUCGCUGGAUCCUUUGCACAUAAGAAAUUCAAACAUCGAAGAUCACUAAUGUUGAAAAAGAACUUUGAAAAAAACCGAGGGCAAUUGUUGCAACAAUUGGUAUCACAAAGAGCUGAUAUUGCAGAAAGAAUGAUUAUAACCUUAGAUGAGCUUGAGAAGGCAACAAAUAAAUUUGAUAAAGCUCGUGAGCUUGGUGGAGGAGGGCAUGGUACAGUCUACAAAGGCAUGCUAUCAGAUCUUCAUGUUGUAGCCAUCAAGAAACCAAAGGUGGCGAUUCAAAAGGAGAUUGAUGAAUUCAUUAAUGAGGUUGCUAUCCUAUCACAGAUCAAUCAUAGAAAUGUGGUAAAACUAUAUGGUUGUUGCCUUGAAACAGAGGUCCCCAUGUUGGUCUACGAGUUUAUAUCUAAUGGUACACUUUAUGAUCAUCUUCAUGUUGAUGGACCACGAUCGUUGUCAUGGAAUGAUAGGCUACGGAUAGCAACUGAGACUGCCAGAUCUUUAGCCUAUCUUCACUCAACAGCUUCAGUACCCAUAAUCCAUAGAGAUAUCAAGUCUGUUAACAUACUUUUGGAUGAUAGUCUAACAGCAAAGGUUGCAGACUUUGGAGCUUCAAGAUAUGUUCCGGUGGAUAGAUCAGGGAUCACAACAAGAGUGCAAGGUACAAGAGGAUAUCUGGACCCCAUGUGUUUCUAUACUGGGCGUCUCACAGAAAAAAGUGAUGUGUAUAGCUUUGGUGUCCUGCUUCUGGAGUUGUUGACUAGAAAGAAACCGUUUUCAUACAUCUCUUCUGAAGAUGAAGGCCUUGUCACACAUUUUUCUACCUUAUUCACACAAAGAAAAUUAUCAGAGAUACUAGAUCCACAAGUUCUGGAAGAGGGCGGCAGAGAGAUGGAAGAAGUCGCAGCAAUUGCAGCAAUGUGUAUUAGAUUAAGAGGGCGCCCGUCCAUGAAGCAAGUGGAGAUCAAACUUGAAGGCACUCAAGCAUCCAGGGGACAUGAGGGGGGUGAUGUAAUAAGCUGUCAACGGGCUGCAGAUGGAAGUAGGUGCGAGGAAUUGUCCAGGCAGCAUAGUAUGGAAGAAGAGUUCAUGUUAUCUUCAAGGUAUCCUCGGUAGUUUUGCUUAAGCCCGAGCUCAUCAGUACAUUAGUUUUCAACACUUUUUUUGAGAUUCUUCUUUCAAUUAAUUUCCCUUGUGCAUUUGAUCUCUUUGCUUGCUUACAUGGCAGCUCCUUUUCUUCAUCCUGUCUUUUCCCAAAUAAACUUAGCAUUAACACCCUCUAUAAGGUUAUAAUCUUGUUGUAACCGGGUCGGGUGCUUAGCCAGGUGGCAGCAAAAUUAUUAGUGAAACAGA